GGAUGGGUGGUGGUGGACAGCUUAAUACGGAAGUUGCUUCUAAUGCAAAUGUGGCUUUAUAUACGUGUUUUUCCGUAGGAGGACUUUUUGCUGGCCCAGUCAUUAAUAAAAUUGGCCCAUCUAUUUCUUUGGCUCUUGGUGGUUUAACUUAUGCUUUGUAUUCGGGUUCGCUCUUUUAUUAUAAUCAUCUGCAAGAAAGUGCUUUUCCUAUAAUUUCAGGCGCAAUUCUUGGGCUAGGUGCCGCAUUACUAUGGACGGGUCAAGGUGCAAUUAUGUUAUCAUAUCCCUCUGAAGCUGAUAAAGGAAGAUUUAUUGGAUUAUUUUGGGUGAUUUUUAAUCUUGGUGGAGUUCUUGGCUCUAUCGUUCCACUUGGUCUUAAUUGGAAUUCAACGGCGGGAUCUGUUAAUGAUGGAACCUAUAUUGGCUUCAUGGUUCUUAUGGCAUUUGGUUCUUUGUUAGCUAUGACCUUACUUCCACCUAAUAAGGUUAUUCGUGAUGAUGGUCAACAUGUUUCUAUCCAAAAAUUUCCUAAAUGGGAAGAAGAACUUGUUGGAAUCAUUAUUCUUACAGUUGUAUUAAUGGCUACUUGGAUUGGUGGUCUGUUUUUCCAAUUAACUUAUAAGCGUGAAGAUGAACUUGUUCAUAUGGAUUUAUAUGAUUCUGGUUAUGCUACAAAGAUAAUACUCUAUAUUGCUUACGGCGGUGCUAUAUCUUGGAGAAUUGAUGCUGUUGGAACUUCCUAUAUUGCCCAAUUUAUUAUUUGUUGGGUUUUAUUAGCAAUCUCAAUUCCUUUUGCCCUCCUCGUGGUAUUAAGAAUUAAGGAUACUAAUUGUGAUUCUAAAAAUUCUGAAGAAAAAGUUGAUCUCACUGCGACAAAGA